UAACUCGUGCACCGUACAAAGUACCCGUACCGAACAUCGACUUGUACGGCACUUGUUUUCCAGUUCCCCAGACGCUUCAUAACUUUCUUUAAGGGGUUCACACUUACACACCUCAGCCGUCAGCCGAAACACCAAAAUGCGCUCUCCUCGAGGGCCCCCGUAACGUCUGGAAUCCCUAUAAAUAACUAUAAAUAACCGUCUGUUACAUUCAUCGGCGUUCUCCAUCACCGGCCCGUAUAUAAUCUCAACACUCCAGCUGUUUCCGAGUCGGUCGUGUGUUCGCUCUCUUUAUGUCUAUAUGGGGGAAGGAGCAAUCCGGGGGAUUUCCCAUCCAUGUCCCGGAGAUGUACCAGCUACAUAACUUCCACGAAAAUGCCACACAAAAGCCUCGCCAACCGUAAUAUACGGCUGCAUAUAACUGUCCCAAGGCAAUCGCAGGCAUAUCUGGGUUUCUUCAGCUGAACAAGGGCACCAUGCUCCCAAACAUCCACGACCACAUCACUCCAGACGCAACAAGCGCGAUGGGCGGUAACACAAGAAUCCAACUAUCCAACUCAAACCAACAAGCUGACGCGGCUAAUCCCUCUUAAUCCCCUCAAUUAAUGCCACAAUCCCUAAUAAUCUCAUCGCACGUGACCUAGCCUUAUCUUAAAGCCACAAGGAGGCCCCAUAUGAAGAGAUCCCACGCUAGUCCCCUUAGCAGCCUUAUAUUAUAGCCUUGAAAUUCAGGCCACCUCAACCCAAACAACCCGAACCACCUCUCCCAAAUGCCACUAGUUCCAAUCCACACUAGCCUCCAAUCUCAAUUCGAAGCUCCCGACUCAAAAUUAUAACGACAGCCUCCCCAACCAGGCCUCCCUCCCACGCCGGCCACCACACGCACGUCACCACUCACCAACCAUGCAGUCCGUGAUCCGCCGCACCCUCCUCGCCGAGAGGCAAGCCGCGCGGCGUCUCGUGAAGCGCCGCACGAAGAACCACCACGAGGAGAUGAAGACGCGGCGGGAGCACGAGCGCUUCGCGCAGAAGCAGGUUACGGGGGAUAUCAAGAAUGCCCGUUCCGCGCGACGUGAGGAUUACGACUUGGGUCCCCUGGCGCCGAGGCGUGAUGUAGGGUUGAAGAAGGAGACGUAUGGGACGAUUCAGACGAAUCGGUUGAAUGGGCCGAAGUUGACGAUGGAGGAGCGGUUGGCGGUUAAUCCGUCCGGGGGGAGGUUUGCGAAUAUUGUGGCGGGGGAUAGGGUGGUGGUGUUGGAGGGGAAGGAUAAGGGGAGGAUUGGGAAGGUGCAGAGUUUUGAUAGGGAGAAGCAGCAGAUUACUGUUGAGGGGAUGAAUAUGGUCGACGUCGCAAUCCCCAAAUGGAUGAUGUCCGCCCCCGAAUCCGACCAGCGCCCCGUCCGCAGCGUCGAGAAGCCCCUCUCCAUCGCCUCCGUCAAACUCGUCGUCCCCCUCCCCGACCCCGAGACAGGAAACGUCCGCGACGUCAUCGUCCGCGACAUCGUCAACAGCAAGAUCUACUUCAACAAAUCCGGGGGCGCGAAUUUCUACCGCAUGAUCGCCGGGCUGAACACCGUUAUUCCCUGGCCCAAGACGGCGCCGAAGGAACACCCUGAUCAUGACGUCGAUACGAUGCGUAUUGAUGUUGAGACGAAGACGUUCCUGCCGACGCUGCUGAAGCCGCCGAUGCCGGAUAGUGUGAUUGAUGAGCUGAGGAACAAGUUCUCCAUCUUCCGUACCCGUCACGAGGACGCGUAUCUCGAGGCGAAGGAGGCGGAGGAGGCGGCGAAGGAGGAGAGGAAGGCGAGUAUUAAGUUGAUGAGGACGCCGCUGAAUGAGGUCAAUAAGCGCGAGAGGACGAAGCGUAAGGCGCUUGGGAAGGGGGAGUUGACGGAGGAGAUGUUGGCAGGGAUUGGGGCGGUGAUUGCGAGGAAGAGGGGGGUGGCGUUGGAGGCGGCGGGGUUGGAGGCUGCGACGUUCUAGAGGGGCGUUUGAGAGAUGGAGAUUGUACAAAUAGGGGAAAAUUGCGCAUGUUGUAGUAGUAGUAGAGCGAGAGACUGUGAUGGUUGUGUAGUAGAGUGGGCAUUAUAGGCGUUUGCAUCUUCAUUUGUCAAAUCUAUAUAUGUACAACAAUACAAUCGCAUUAUACA